GGGCUCGUCGAUGCCCAGAUACUGAAACGUGCGUAGAACUCAUCCUCACCUGAUAGUGAAAACACCUCAGGCUAUUUUUUAAAGGCAAAUUUUCAAUUAACUAGAUUCAAAAAAUGACGUCCGUAUUUACAAUUGGGGGUAUCGCUUUGAAGGUUCUCAAAUUGAUUGUCAAUUUUAUAUGCAUUAUUCUCUAUCGAACUGGAUACGGUGGUGAAUUUCUGGGAGUUGGUGGAACGUGGAAUUUGAAUGAAGAAAAAAAUCCAGAUGCCGAAAUUGUCGCAUCUGGAGUUCUCGUCGGUUUUUUCAUUUAUACCAGUGCUGUUCUCAUCAGCUACUGCUUUGGAACAACGCAGCAUAAGAAAACCCUAGUGGAGAUUAUUAUGAAUUUUGUUGGAAUGUUCAUGUUCAUUGCCGUUGGUGGAACAGCUCUCCAUUAUUGGAAUGGAUAUCAGGCUGAACACAAAUAUAUCCACACAGCAACCGAAAGACAG